AUAAGAUCUAACAUAACGCCAAGACAGAAGACCUCCGGUAGUGUUAAAGCAUGGACCUAUUUUAUCUUACGCUAGUAGUUGUAUCCUUAGCUGGAGCUGCACAAGCAGGAUCGUGCGGUCGCCGUAUGGUCAGCGGAAGGAUCGUGGGCGGAAGAGAGGCAACACCUCACUCGUGGCCGUGGCAACUGUCAAUCAGGCUUAAUGGUCACCACAUUUGCGGGGGUUCCUUGCUGAGCUCAACGUGGGUGCUAACCGCUGCCCACUGCGUGAUUCGAAGUCACAACACUUCAGACUACACCGUCAUUGUAGGUGCGCACAAACGAGUUCUGGACGGGACGGAGCACAAACUCAGCGCGUUUUACAAACACGAGAAGUACGUGGGAGGGAAGGACAAGAAACAUGACCUCGCGCUCAUCAGACUCGCCAAACCUGCUGCAUUCAGCGCCAAGGUUAGCCCGGUGUGUCUGCCCAAACAAGGAGAUCUUCUUGGUAAUGAGAAAAACUGCUAUACUACAGGGUGGGGCAGAGUGUCUGGUUCUAUGAUGUUCUUCAUGGCUACGAAGCUGCAACAAGCUAGGACUCCAGUAGUUGACCACGAGACAUGCGCGAUAAAGCUCGACAAGUUUGCGGCCGACAAGACAACCAUGAUUUGCGCAGGGGGUUCUGGGAGUAGCGCCUGCAGUGGGGACAGCGGUGGUCCACUGGUGUGUCACGAGGGAGGCACGUGGGUGUUGCGAGGGGCCGUGUCUUGGGGAACAAGUCACUCGUGCCCAGGCCGCAUGUUUGUUGCAUACGCGAGAAUCAGCUCCCACAUUGAUUGGAUUGAAAGAAUCACUUCUGGUGACGUCACCGGAAGUGGACAAGGUCUAACGACCUCAAGCCCAGCAAAGACAACGAGACUUCCAACAACUACUCGACAAAAGACCACCCAAGUCAGCACAGUGCACCAUGCUACUAAAGGACCCGCUACUGGUGUAACCACUACCCUGCCAACAGAAACAGCCACGAUACCCACAACAGCUAAUGGCUCGUCUACAAAGGCACCUACUACAAACCCAGAAUGCCGAGACAGUAGCAAGAACUGCGAGUUUUUUGUCCGACUAUGCAGCUCACAAAGCGUGAAGCGAGUUUGCCGCAAAACCUGUAAAAUCUGUUAAACAACGGUACAAACCUAUCCGUGAGGUGAAACUUAAGUCGUUUCCAACAAAGUAUUAUUAAUCUAAUCAAUAAAUUGUAUUCAAAUAUAAA